GCAGAUUUUCUACGCCUGAUGAUCCUAAUUGAUAAUGUUAAUGGAAUCCGUUAUCAGCAAGGAGAACACAUGCAUUUGAUAUAUUUAUUCAUAGUUCCCAUAAAAAAAUAUGGCGAGUGUGAAGUCAUACCUGAUUAAAUCUUUUUUUAAUCCCGUUCCUUUUUGUUCCGCGAAGAAAAGUGGUAGAAUAUAUUCCACGUUCAGGCAGAUCCUCCUCGUUGGACAACUUGCUUCAUUAGUGGUUUCAUCAACUGGAGAUAAAGGAAGCGUCCGUGGAAUACUAGAUGCAGUCGAUCCAAACGCUCUAAAUAUUGAUACCGAUUACGUGGGACCAAAAUUAGAUAAUGUCACACUAACAUUCAUGAAAAAUUUAAUACAAUUCUACAACAAAACUCUUUAUGAAGACAAAAAUAAUAUUUUGCACCAAAAAUUCGUUUUAAUGAUACUGAAACAAACUCGGGACCACUUCAAGACGCAACCUUCUCUGCAAGAGGUGGAAUUAAAACCUGCAGAAAAAAUUACUGUUUGCGGAAACAUCCACGGGAAACUGGAAGAUCUGUUACAUAUAUUUGACAUCAACGGAUUUCCAUCUCCAAGCAAUCGGUAUUUGUUCAACGGAGGUUUCAUCAACAGACGACCAGAAUCCAUAGAAUGUGCCCUGAUACUUUUUGGUUUCGCUUUGCUUUAUCCGGACUCAUUUUUCAUUAAUCGCGGUAGUCAUGAAGAUUUUCAUCAAAGUCAAGGAAAAGGUUCUUUGACGGAAGAAUCGGAUAGGAAGUAUCCCGGAAACUCAGUUGAGGUAUUGCAUGGUUUCUGGGAAGUCUUUCGAUGGCUACCCCUUGCGCUUAUCAUUCGAGGCAACGUUCUUAAAAAAGUAGAUAGCUCUUGGAGUGGCACAAAUUUGAUUCGACCCAUUAUCUGGGGUCGGAAAAUGUAUAAUCGUUUCACAGGUCAGCGGAAAAUUGGGGCUUAUGCUCCAUCCCAUGGAAGAAUUUUGGUGGUUCAUGCAGGACUCUUCUCAAAACCAGGCGUAACUUUAGAUGAUAUUCAGCGUAUUGAGCGGGGUUGUGAUCCUGAAGACUCAGCGCUAAUGUUCGAUAUGCUUUGGUCAAAUCCUGGUGAGAAAGAUGGACGCCAUCAAAACAUACCAGGAUUUGGUUCUAUUCAGUUUGGACCUGAUAUUUCUGAAUCUUUUUGCACUAGGAAUAAAAUUGACUACAUCAUACGAUCACAUGCUCCAGUGCCUAUGGGUUACCAUGUCGAACACAAUGGCCGUGUCGUUACAAUUUUUUCCACCACGGAUUGCCAUCGUGACAACAGAGGAGCGAUAGCAGUGGUUAAGGCUCCUGAAUUGAAACCAGUGUUUACAGUCUUCGCCUUUAAGUAUGAUUAUAAGGAGGCAAGGUGUUUAUGGUUGGGAGAAAAAAAUAUAUCGGUCGAAAAAUAUAAUACGAUUGGAGUUGAACAGACAGAAGGGAGUCCUCUUGGCUGAGGGAGUUCUCGAAGGGUUCUGUUGGGAAAAUGUUGUUACAUACUAGUCUGUUAUGGACGUAUAUCUUCAUAAUUGAUUUUUUGUGAUCAGAGCCAAUCGGGCUUAUCGAUGAAAAUACAAAUAAGAGAGUCGUACAAUUCAUAUUUCGCUGAUCGCUAAUGAUCGCUAAUUCAUAUUUUUGUGGUUAUAAGGUUGAUCGACACGCCUAAUUUUUACGUCCAAUACUAACCGCGAUUAUUUUAAUUAUUGCACAAAUUCUUGCUCGGAAUGCAAUCAAUGCAAAUCUUAUACCCCGCUGAUUGAUAAGAUUAAGAUGGAAGAAACAAUAGUAUAAACGCUGACACAAAGAAUUCCUAACUAUUACCCAACUUCGUAUUUUCAUUUAACGAAGAUAUUUGAUGUAGAAAAUUGACGUCCUAAUGGAACUCAUUAUGUUUACCACUCCUAAAGAUUUAAAACACAGAAUUUUGAUGAUACGUGCUUCUAGUUUCUUUUGAGUAGCCUCUGAAAUGAUAAAAAAGAUCCAUCAGAAAAAAUGUAACCAGAAUUCCACGAGUCAAGGUGAUUGGUAAUUUUAGUAUUUAGUACUGAGCAUUUUUUCCUCCUGUAUGAUACAGUUCUUUGACUCGCAGAUAAAACAAUAAUAUCAGCGUCGAAGUACUAAACGUGAAAUACCUCGUUGUAAAGACUUUAUUUCAGACAGAAUUCGUCAAAUCUGGCUUGAUAAACACCGAUCUCUCAUGAACUCUCAAAAUUUAGUCGUCCGAAUGAAAAUAUUGGCAUAGAGGAAAAAUUCAUUUAAAAUCUUGUCAAUUGAAAUUAUCUUCGUAGGACUUCAAUUCCAUUCAAACCAAGAUGUUGCGGAUCAAAGGGGCGUUAGAGCCUCUCAACGAAGAAAAUCAUGGCUGAUCCAAUUUCUAUUUUACUAUGUAAGUACAAUCUUUCAUUCAUAAAUGCGGCAACCUUGAACGUCUCUUUCCCUCACGUCCAAAAUAAAUGCACAUUUCCCGACGAGCCUGGAGAUUUCCCUGAGUUUCUCCUCGCACGACACCCAGGACAAAGAAAUACUUUCAGAGAGGGCAUUAGCUAUUCAUGAUCUUCAAGUCUAUUUUCUCGGCCAAGGUUGGAAUAAAUUCAGCUUCUGUUGAUAAACAAAGAGUCCCAUGCUCGUUUUAUAUUUCGACUGGACAUGAGAUCAGAGCCAACGUAGGAUCGCCGGUUAUUACCAUUACAUACAUCAAAACACCCAUCAAAAAGACCCAGAACAUUCGCAAAUGCUGUCACUGCACGGAACAGACAGUGUCGAGUUAAUUCUCACACCCUCGCACUCCGGUGGGGAAAAUUGCCAAAGGGCACGAUCGACAAUGUUUCAAAACAGUUGUCGUAGUUACAUUCGCUCAACAUCUGCGCUGACAAAAAUCGUUCAAUUCACAUUUUUUGUGACUAAUCAGAUAAUUUUUCUCGCAGAGAGACAGGCUCGAAGACAGAGCCUCACAAUUGAUGAUGAUGUCUUGAAAUGAAUUUUAAAAAAAAUAUUCAUAUCUAAUUUAA